CAUCAGAAUCACGCACUACGACAAUAAAAUAAAAAUCGUUGCAUUACAGUAAAAUAGAGCUUUGCAGCCAUAGUGCAAAUGUUAAAAAGUAAAAAUUUUGAAGUAUUGAUUUCGGUGUGAUUUAGUCCUUAUGAAAAGAUAACAGUAGAUUUCAAUUGGUGUGUUGCUUUUAACUGAAAAAUGGAUUUAUAAAGCAGAUACUGUUGCUAACAGCAAUUGUUUAUUGAGAUUUAAAGAUAAAUUUUAAAGAUAGGUGUUAUCAACCAUGGAUACACUGUCAACAGCUCAAGAUGACAGUUCUGGUGCCAAUCCUAGUAGUGUUAAAAGUGAUGAUAGCAGUCCUCAACAUGAGGGUGGUAGAAGUUCACCACCACCAAAGUGUGCAAUAUGCCUCGGAACGUGUCGUAACAAGUCAUUUACCGAUUCUUGUCUCCAUCAGUUUUGCUUCAAAUGCUUACUCACCUGGAGUAAAGUUAAAGCAGAAUGUCCCCUGUGUAAGCAAAACUUCAGAUCAAUUAUUCACAAUGUCCGAUCAAACCAUCAGUAUGAAGAAUACAUGGUGGAACAAAGGCAGACUGAUGAAAUUGCUGAAAGAAUUGAAAUUGACAAUCUUGCAACAGCUACUAGAAGAUUUAGAUACAGGACGACGCUGACUCUGCCGCGGCGGGAGACGAUUGCCAUCCAGCAGCUGUUGCUCCACUAUCCUAUGAUGGCGGAUGUGUUUCCCCCGCCCGCACACCGCCGCCGAUCACCUGCCUCCUUCCGUCGCACUGUGUACCGUUACAACCUGUGGGCUAGACCGUUGCCCGACUUCACCGGCAGGUUUAGAGACUGUUCGCCUGAAUUUUACAGGUACAACGAUUCUCAAAUGCAUCGGCUUGUACCAUGGCUGAAUAGAGAACUACAUUAUUUAUUAAAUGAAAACAUUGGACACAUUUCCUAUGUCAUUGCACGAAUUUUAGAAUUACUCCCUCAGUACCACAUCAACUCACCCGAGUUCAGAGAGACUUUGCAGAGAUAUUUUGGAGAUAGAACUGAACAUUUUCUACACGAGUUAUACUGCUUCGCUUCCACGCCCUACGACAUGACCGGCUACGAUCGCAACGUACAAUACACCACGGACACCAGGGUGUCCACGAUGGUCAACGAGGUAAUAUCGAGCUCGGAGUCCGAGGCGAGCGUUGAUUCCGACAUCGUUAUGAUCUCGAGUUCCGAGCCGGUCGACCCGCCACCCGGCCCGUCCCGAGUGCCCGCUCCGGCCCGCGUGCCGGCCCCCGUCUACCCGCAAAACUAUAUUCCCGAACCGACCGCCGACAACGUAAUUCCUAUCGAAACCAUAUCUCAGUCCGAUACGGACGACGACUCAUCGGAGGUCAUGGUGGUCGGGUACAUAAAGCCGCCCCAGGACCGGACGCCGGAGGUCGUCGACCUCCUGGGCUCGGACAGCGACGUGAUCGUCCAGGAGAACCCGCCCGCCGAGACGCCGAGCGACGCCCCGGACGGGCGGCCCGCGCCGCUCGUGAAGCUCACGCUCAAGCGCCAGGUGCCCGACUCCGACAGCGACAGCAACUACACGCCGUCGCCGUCGCCGCCGCGCACGCGCCGCCGCCUCGGCUCCGCGCACUCGGCCAGCACGGCCGACACGCGCCGCACCACGCCCACCGGGGACGACCGCUGCUCUUCCUCGUCCUACAUGUCCAGUACCUCCCCCUUCACGUCAGUCUCCUCUCACCCCUCCACCGAUACCGACUGUUCCAAGACCGAGAACAAAAGGAAGAAGACUCGGAGGAGACUCGGGUACGCGGAGAGAAAUAGAAGAAAAGAGAAAUAUCUUUCCCAUCGCAAAACUAAGAAAUCCUCUAACAAUCUGCCCGUGCGAGAGAAGCGUGGUAAACGUAAGUCCCACUCCGGAAAAGGCGUCAAGUCCUCGAAGAAGUCUAGCGAGGCGGUUUCCGCCUCAGCGUGCGAGGAGCCGCCGCAGCCGAAUCUAGACCAGCCCAGCACCAGUGGAACGUCUAGGAAUAAUAAACGUAAGUUAGAAAAUAAUGUAAACCGUCGCAGAUUAAGCCGCGAGAGCAAAAGACUGAGGAGUGUUGUUAACGUAAUUAGUAAUCAAAAAACCUCGAGUGAAUCGAGUGGUAGUUCAAAAUAUUCGCCGUAUCAAAGUUUGAAUACAGACUCGAUGGACUCGGGACCGAAACGGGAUGAUAUAAACCGGUCGACGGAAAGCAGCAGACACGGAAUGGUCACGGAUAACUCAGAUUCCGAUGACGAUCUACCCCUAAAUCUUUCUAUAGCAAACGCAUUCUCUUCGCUGUAAAUAUCUCAAAAACAUAAAUAAACAUUGUGAUAAUUUUAUAUUAUUUAUGGAUUCUUGGAUGUAUCUUAUCUUUAACGAGCUGGAUCUCUAAAGGAUCGCUUAGUGUGUCAUCUGUACUGUUCAUUCAUUCAUUCGAUUUAAAUAUUUGGUAAUAGAAUUAAAAUUUAAUGUAGUGUGUAAAAAUCAUUCAAUUAAAUUAUUUAUAUUAAUUCCACGUUUCUAAAAGAAAAAAGUGAGACACGUGUCAGAUCCUAGCAUCAUAUUGCAUGCCAUCUUUGUAAAUAUUGUUAUAACUGAUGUCUUAUUUUUUCUUUGUAAUAUAUCCUUUCAUAUUGUUUUCAUCCAAAGUCUAAUAUUGAUUUACGAAAAAUGCUAAUGACAUUAAGUGUUAACUUAUUGAUCUUAAUCGAUUGAUUGUAUUUGAUAUGGUCAUUGCUUAAUAAAGUAAUACGAAGUAAUUUUACCAAAAUGUCAUCAAUACCACAUUCGAUCAGAUGGCAAAUCACUUAGCCCUAUGUACAAAAUUAUUCAAAAUUCCAGUGUCGUUUUAUAACAUCUUUAUUUUAAGAUAAUGUUAGAUUUUGUUUGAAAUACGGGUAUUUUUUAUCGAAUUUGAAGAUUCCAUUAUGGUUUACAAUGAGUUGAGAAUAUAUAGCGAGAUGUAAAAUUAAACCUGAGAUACUUAAUUGUCAUAAAGGAAUAUGAAUGUACCAACACGUUGAGAAUGUAAAUACGAUGACAUUCAGUACGUCUGAUGAGGUUUCAUUAUUUUCAUAGAAAAACUAAAACCGCUAUUCAUUGUACAAAGAAAAUAAGAAGUGCUGAACUGUCUGUCGAAUUAAAAGUUAAUGUACUCAAUAAA